AUGUUCCAGAUCGAGGAUCUUAUGCCAAAGUUGGACUGGGUAGAGAUGAAGCAGAAGAUGCAUGAGGAUGUGUUCUCCUCCAUUCGGAAGUUCCUCAUCUACAUGGCCCUGCUGCAAGUCACUCCAUAUAUCUUAGAGAAGCUGGAUAGCAUCUGA